AACCAGUACAACAACUGGUAGGUGGUCUGUGGUUCAACUGUCCGUAGUUGAAGGAGCGUCCUGCCUCUUCGGCGGUCAUUAGUCGCGUGAAAAUGGCUGGGUGCUUUGACAAUAUUCAGUUCAAUCGCCCGGAAUGGAUGGAACUUGGCGAAAAGAGGAAUGCGAUAGCGUCGAUUGUGGCCGGGUCUUUGUUCUUCAUUGGCUGGUGGAUUAUCAUUGAUGUCGCUGCACACUACCCCUCCAAUGCUGAUUUCAAUCAUGCUUUCCACGUCUGUGGCGUCAUGAGCACACUCUCUCUUUUCAUGAUCAACGCUGUGUCGAACGGCCAAAUCAGAGGUGACUCUUACACAACUGGGUGCAUUGGCCAGAGGGGUGCUCGAGUGUGGCUUUUCCUUGGAUUCGCCCUUGGCUUCGGCUCGCUCAUUGCAUCGUGCUGGAUCUUGUUUGGCGAUUACGUGACACAAGGUCGUCUGAGAGAUGAAAGCUUUUUCGAUGACCCAAAGCUGGCCCAUGUGGUGCCAGUAAGGAGAAAGGUGCAAUGGCCUGGCAUUGCUAUUUUCCUCCAAAACUCCUUCAUCUUUCUUGGGGCCUUAGUGUUCAAGUUCGGGCGAACCGAAGACCUGUGGGGUUGAGAUCGUAUCAGCGCCUGAUUGCCACGGGUGUAAUAAUCUCAGUCACAAAAUUGCUAAUAAGAGGUUGUACUUAAUUAAGUCUUAGCAUCUGUCACCAUUUUGUUGCUAUUUUUAAGUAGCUUCAUUCUUCUAGGGAUAUCUUUAAUAUAAUCUCGUGUAUUAAAAAAUGUAUGUACUCAUCAACUCCUAUUGUUUACCACAUAUUCUUGCUACGAUUUUGAGUUUUCUUCUUGUUUUUUUUUUGAAACUGUAUAUUUCGACUGUGUGCUCAUUAAAUUAGGCCACCUUCCUGUAAUGUAACUUUACAAGCCUUAAAGCAAUGUGUUUUCAAGGAAAGGCCAGAAUGUGUUGGUAUUGUGUUUUGCAGUCAAUAUAUAAUCAUGCUUUUGAGAUAUUGCAUGGUAACCAAGAAAUGUAAUAAAUUAUCGUGACUAAGUUACGAUAU